AUGUUGUUCUUUUUUCCCCAUGCAACUAAAAUGGAUUGCGCAUGCGUUUUCCACGUGCUGUCGUUCCACAGCUGGGCAUUUGAGGUGAGGUGAUGUCCAUGCGCACAUUCCCCGCGAAGCUGCAUAGCCCUAUGUCUCUACGACAUGGAGACGACUGUAUGGAGAUUUUCACCAUCACCACUUCACUUGUUUGCUCUUCUUCUGACCAGCCAUGAGGUGGCUUCCUUCUUCAGGGAUCUUCUUGAACCUUCUUUGGAUGAGUUGGUGCCAAGGUUUCAGUGUUUCACAGCCUCAGGGUCGAGUGGAGGCUCUGGAGAGAAGCAACGUCACUUUAGUGUGCGUCAUGUCCGGUGAGAGUCCACCAGGACCAGCGAGAUGGUACAAAGGAAAUGGCAGCGAGCGCACACACUUCUGCUCAGGAGCCCCCAAAGGAGGAGAUAAGAAUGACUCUCGAGUGACCUGGACAGCUGAGUACAUGACUGUCAACUACAGCAUCACAAUAAGAGACCUCAGAGUCAGCGACACAGGAGAGUAUUACUGUGAGAAAUACACAAAGGCAGAUGAGAACAAACCAUACGCCUCCGGACCGGGGGUCACCCUGACUGUGAGAGGAGUGCCCAUCAUCACUGGCCCAGCCAGCAGGGUGAAGGUGGGAAACGAUCUCGAAUUAACUUGUGAGGUCAACAGGGCCAGCAACAGCACAGUCAAGUGGUUCAAAGAUGAGCAGGAAGUGACCCCUGAGCACAGAGAUACAUCGGGGGGCGGAAAAUCAAUCAGAAGUGUCAUCAGACUGACACUAAAGAUACAGGACAUCAAGUCCGUCGUCAGGUGUCAGGAGUCGGGACUCUCCGCUCAGAACCCUCUGGAGGACAAAUUUCACUUGAAGGACGCCAUUGCAGAUUUACCUGGAGUGCCAGUCAUCGAGAACCCUAAGCUGGUGCUGGGCGACUCGGUAAUCAUGACGUGCAAAGUCAGCGGCGUCUACCCCAGAGAUAUAAAUGUGACCUGGAUCUGGGACAAGACGUUUAAAAGCUCCCAGUCUCAGCAUGCAGAAGAACACGAGAACGGCACCUUCACUGUCACCUCUGUGCUUUCAUUCACUGUGAAGGAGGAUAUGAGGGGCACCCGGCUGACAUGCCAGGCGGGAUAUGAGGGGUUAACACCAGUGAGUGCCACCGUGACACUGGCAGUCAGAGGACCGCCUUCCAUAAAGGGGCCACAGAAGAGAGUUGAGAUUGGACAGACAGUCAGCUUCACUUGUGAGUCACUUGGUGACCAGGACACCAGCAUCACAUGGCUGAAAAGUGUGAGGACUGAUUCUGAAGAGCAAAAGAUGAGCUGGAGUAAUGGGACCAGAAGUGAAUUCAAAGUGACUCUGACGAAGUUUGACGUGAGAUCCAGCAUCUACUGCCAGAUCCCGGGAUACAGAGGAGGUUCUGUGCCAUCAGACACGCUUAACUUCAGCACCUUCAUCUUGGCGACACCCAAAGUGACAAUUCAGAAGAUGAGCCUGGAGGACUCGCACAACAUUUCCCGUUUCCACUGUAGAAUCAGUCAGUUUUACCCAGAUGACAUUAAGGUGAUGUGGCUCCUAGAGGGACAGACAAUGAACUUCACCCUGUUCAACCAUAGCGAAAAUUUGGACAAGACAUUUACAGCCUUUACUUUAGUAGAUGUCAUCGUCACAAACGAAGUAAAGAAUCUCACCUGUGUGGUCACACACAUGGGAAACCGCAACGUGACACGCACUGUCGAGUUUUCUAAGAAGAGUUCAGGUGAUGAGGAAAAGACUGUCAACAAUUCAACAGGUUUGAAUAAAAUACACAUUGUGAUUGGUGUGCUGGUGGCCUUCGUUCUUCUGUGUGUUGUCUUGACGCUCUUCCUCUACUGCAGAAAAAGAUCUCAGAGAAAGAAAGCCUCUAAGAAGAAAAGCAAAUCUAACAAUGAUGAGAAUAAAAACACAGAGGUAGAAUAUGCCAGUUUGGAUCUUCAUAAUCUUCAGAAUGCCAACAAAGGACAAAGACCUGCCACGGAGCCAACCGAGUACGCCGAAGUUGCUUGUAACCGCCCUAAACAAAGUCAGGAUGACGAGGUGACCUACGCCAGCGUGGUAAACCUGCGGACAAAGCCUAAGACUGACACGGUGCAGGCCCAGAGCACAUUACAGGAGGAGAACACGGAAUACGCCGCUGUCAACUUCACCCGCAAAACAAAGCGGGUACAAGACUCCGUGCUGUACUAUUAGAGCGAGCCUCGCUACAUGUCACCUGUGCGAAAGGGAAAAAGGUUGCUCUCGACUCCUUAGUUUUGCCACAUUUUAUACUUAAUGAAGUUUCUAUUGCAACUUACUAUUGCUUAUUGCCCCUAAACUAGUCGAUCUAGGCGGCACGGUGGCGCAGUGGGUAGCGCUGCUGCCUCGCAGUUGGGAGAUCUGGGGACCUGGGUUCGAUUCCCGGGUCCUCCCUGCGUGGAGUUUGCAUGUUCUCCCCGUGUCUGCGUGGGUUUCCUCCGGGCGCUCCGGUUUCCUCCCACGGUCCAAAGACAUGCUGGUUAGGUGGAUUGGCGUUUCUAAAUUGGCCCUAGUGUGUGCUUGGUGUGUGGGUGUGUUUGUGUGUGUCCUGCGGUGGGUUGGCACCCUGCCCAGGAUUGUUUCCUGCCUUGUGCCCUGUGUUGGCUGGGAUUGGCUCCAGCAGACCCCCGUGACCCUGUGUUCGGAUUCAGCGGGUUGGAAACUGGAUGGAUGGAUGGAUGGAUAGUCUAUCUAUCCAUCCAUCUACUAAACCUCUCUUCAUCCAUCUCUUAUCAGUUAUUGAAUUAUUAUGAUUGUUUAGUUUCAAAGUGGCUGAGAGUUGGAGUCCAUCUUUGGAUCAUUGUUGCCAGUCCACCACAGGGCACACUCACUCUCAAUGCCAAUUCUUACUGAGACAGCAGUUAUUUUAGGUCACCAGUCACAUGGGUCUGAGGAAAAUGUGCCCAUUCCACACCCAGAUGGUGCCCAUACUGGGAUCUAAACUCAUCAACAUGCCCUAGAGAGGUCAGAGGUCACAGGAGGUUUGAUUUAAUGUCUUUUCUAGUUAAUGCCGUGUUGUGCUAUUUUUUCUUUUCUAAAUGUAUUACUGAACUGGUCUCGGUCAUCAGUGGGCACAGUUCAUUUUUUUACUUUUUAUUUCUUAUAUUUUGUAUUAAUUUAUUUAAAAAACGUUAUUUAGAAACACUCUUCCACUACAACAUACCGGCCAGGUUCCUCAGUCUUUCUGGCUAGAAAAUCCAGGAACACUUGGAAAGUCCUAAAUGAGCAGAGACGUUCUAAUGAUGAUGAUGACAUUCUCAUGAAUGUCCACUGGGUCUUGAUACAUGUCCAUUGUGGAGAGAGAAGAUAAAAAAUGUUUAUUUUACUUGACCAAUGCUUUAUCAGGCAUUCAGCCAGAAUAUGAAUUUAUUACAACAGUUACUGCAGAAUGCCAAGAACAAAAAAGUGCACAUGUUUUGAGGAUAUGGAAAAUAUGCCGUUAGUGGAUGAAAUAUUCUUUGGAGUUAGUUAACCUGAAAUAAAUGGACUCGGGGACUGGGGGACACAAGAGGGCACAGACCAGCACUGAGUAACUGGAUGGCCGUGCUCAUCACUGCUGUAACAUCGCUGUGGGGUCCCUUAGUGAAUCAACACAUGAGGCACAAUUAGUUGUAAUGGGCCUAAAAUGGGGGCUGUGUGUGUGUGUGUGUGUGUGUGGGGAGGGGGGAGGUGGGGUCAGCAUUUUGAACUUUUCACUGUGACCCCUGACCUUUAUUAGAGAUUUCACCCAUGCUGUAUUCCAAUAGUGAAAUAGUGUGCCAGUGAGUUGCUAGAUUGAUCAGAAGAAGAGGGGCUCAGCCACUGAGGAAGGACCAUCACUCUAUUUCAGUUCGGGUUUAGGACUGUUUCAUUUUGCAUAUAUAUAGCAUAUGUGUAAAAAAA